AUGAGUGGAGCUGGCCUGAUGGCCUUUGAAGAUAAUAAUCAUACAGUAGAUACUUCAUUGGACAAUGAUGCCAAUAAGAAUAAGAAUAGAACUCCAACAUCAUGGGAAGCGGAAGAUGAUAUUUUGUUGAUGCAUUUAAAAGAUAACCAAAAAUUGGGUUGGAAAGAUAUUGCUAGUCAUUUCAACAAUAGAACUCCCAAUGCAUGUCAAUUCAGAUGGAGAAGAUUGAAAUCUGGGAAUUUGAAGAAUCCUCCUAAAUCAGCAGCAGCAUUAGGUACUUCCACAAAUAACUUGGGUAAGUUGGUAGAACAAGCCAAACUCAAGAAGGUAAAGGAUGAUAGUGAAGAACCAAAGGAUAAGAGCCACAAUAAUAUCAAUGGCCACAACAACGAUAAUGAAGAUGACGAGGAUAAUGAUAAUAAUAUCCGUAACGAUAACCAUAAUAACCACAAUAAUAAUCAUGAUUCAUCCACAUCAUCAAAAAACCGUGGAUCAAAUUAUACUGCCCCGUCUUCAUCUUUUAAUAAUGGAAUAGGGGGAUUCUCAUAUACUCCAUUAUCAAAUGCUACAUUCACAGGAUAUGAUAACACUAUUGGCAAUGCUUUAGCUGGAUUAAAUGCCUUGUCAAACACUCCAUCAUCUAUCAAUAGUCCCAUGCCCAAUUAUAGUAUCAGUUCUCCUGGGUUGGUCACAGGUAAUGAUGAUGGCACCACAAUAGCCGACCAAGAUGUUAGUUUAGAUCCUCUGAAUCAAAAUGCUAGUAAUGCUGUUGCUGGUGCUAACACCGGAGGAGGUUAUUAUGCAGAUAUUUCCAUUGAUCCUACCAUGAACUUGCCUCAUAAUCAACCUCAUCCUCAUCCUCCCAACUCCUUAACUCCCCGAAAUUCUACAUCCCAUGGUAACUCCGCCUCAAAUACUUUACCUCAUUCAUAUCGGAACAAUUCUAUCAUCCAGAUUGUUACCAGUGAUCGGAAUUCGAUCUUUGAUCCCCGAACUUCGGUGUCUUCCCUUCCUUCUAAACUGAUGAACAUUCCUCACCAUCAACUGAGUGGGUCAUUGGCCCAUCUUCCAUUAUUUGGAGGUACUUCAAUCAGUGGACCAUCAAGAAAUCCAAGUAUUAGUGGUCCUCCAGGCAUUACUCAACAGCCAGUGGCCAGUUUACGGAAUGGUAGUGUUGGCAGUAUUACUAGUAGUAGUGGACCAGGAUAUUAUUCUCGUUCUGGAUCAGUGGUUGUUCCUCAUAAUUCAGAUAAGCCAGAAGAUAUGAAGGCUGAGACGGAGAAUGAACUGAAACCAUCAUCAAAAGAGAAUAAUGAGUACAAUAACAUCAAUAAUAAUAGAGAUAAAGAUUUUGGUAAAGAGAAGGAACCCAAAAAGGCUCUGACACCAGUGAUCAAAAUCCCAUGGUCUGUUGAAGAAGAUGAAUUAUUGAUCAAUAGAAGAAACCGAGAGUUACUGUUUGCCGAAUUAUCAAUCUUAUUACCUCAAAGAACCGAGGGGGAGAUUUGGGCUCGAAUAGAUUAUUUGGAGAAGUUGAAGAAUGGCCAUAGAGCUUCAACUUCACGAGAGCAUCGUAAAAGAAGACAAUCGUCUCUUGGUUUAGAAGUGGAUGAUUUCUAUGAUGUUGUGGAUGACGUUAUCUCUGGGAUUGUUAGUGAUGAUGAUCAUGACGAUGAUGAUGAUGUAUUGGUUGAGGUGGAAGGGUUUGGAUCAAAUAGAAGAAGACGCAAAAGAAGAGCAAGUUCUGCUGUUAAUCCACUAGCUAUGCCAGAUCAGCUUCGUAGAAGAAUAAGAUAG